CACCCCAUUCUUAACCGAGCAGGAAGUGGGCCGGGUCUGGGGGAUUUUUAUGCUCGCCCCCGUUAGCCUUUUCGAUACUUGGGGCCCCAGGGAGGCUGGAGCCAGGCUGAGCUGGGAGCGCUGCGGAGCGGCGAGCUGACAGGUUCCUGUGGGGAGAGGAGGGGGCUCCCCGCCUCCUCCCAGAACUCCUCCGGGACCGUGACCUCUGGGACCCCCAUCACCCCUGGGGGCCGCACGGGUUCAGCCGGCGGGUGGCCGGAGGCCGAGGAGCAGUCCUGGACCCACCGAGGCGAAGGACGGCUCCUCGUGGGAAGGUUGACCCCGAGCCCCUAAAAGUCUUUCUGACUACUUCUCAGCUGGCAAGGCCGGGACCUGCGGGCACCCCUCCGCUAAGCAUUCAUCUGGUCCUCCGCGGCUCUUCCCCUGUGUAGAUGAGGCGGCUGAGACAUGGGGGGCUAAAGAGAGUGAUCCCACGUCGCACGACACUUCAACGACCCCCACAAGAAUAGAGCCCAAUAGAGUCCAGAAGGAUUGCGUCAGCUGCUUCACCACUGCCCUGUGGCACCUCUUCAUUUAAAGGGUCUCUCCUCUCAGUUCAAUCCAGCAGCUAUGAAGACCUCAGCUCUUCUUCGGUGGUCACUUCCCAUCGUCUUCCUCCUCCUCCUUCUCUUCCUGAUGGGAGCUUGGGGUUCCGGAGCUGCGAAUGCCUCUUCCAGCCUCACCUGUUUCUAUGAUUCAAGAGCCAACCUAUCCUGCACCUGGGUCCCGGCUGAGCUCCCGGAGCUGCGGUCAUGCUCACUCGAGGCCAGGACAAACUAUAGAGACCAGACAACUGUCUGCAAUCUGCUCCCCAUGGGGUCAAAGUCCUUCAGUUGCAACCUGAUCCUGGAUCCAGAUGUACAUGCUCAAGCACUGACGGUAGUGGAAGAUGUCAGCCUGAAGGUGACAUGCGAAAACUGGAAAGGGAAUGUGAUUGAGAAGCUGAAGCCCUUUGGGAAGAUCCGCCUGAUACCUCCCGACAACCUGCAUCUGAGUUACGUGGACACCCACAGCUGCAACUUCACCUGGCAACUCAGGGUGUGCUCCCACUACCUACGAAGAUACCUGGAAUUUGAAGUGCGCUACUGGGCUUUGUCUGAUGAGGGGCCGGCCCCAAAGACCCUGUUCCUCAAGCAGCCCCAGGAGUGGAUUAAGAUCGAAGGCCUCUCCCCAGACACGCGCUACAAGGCGCAGGUCCGCGGGAAGCCUGGUACGAUGUACUUGGGACAUUGGAGCCUCUGGAGCCAAGCCAUUGAGUUCCAGACAAAACCCGAAGACCCAGCUCCCUCACAACCCUGGCUGUUCAACUUUAUCCUGGGGCUAUGCGGGGCCCUGGGACUGGUGACCAUAGCCAUGCUCAUCCCCAGAUGGUGCACGCCAAAAUGGCUCAAGAAGGUGUUGAAAUGUCACAUUCCAGACCCCUCGGAGUUCUUCACCCCACUCAGCUCCCAGCAUGGAGGAGACUUUCAGAAAUGGAUCUCCUCCCCCUUCUCCACGGCCUCUUUCAUGCUGGGCCCAGCGGAGAUCUCCCCUCUGGAGGUGAUGCAGAAAGAAGACAAGGAUCCCCGACUCCUGCUGCCCAAGGAGCUGGUCCAGUCCUACGCACCUCCGGACACCAGUGGCCUCUCUGGGUCCAGCUGCUUCACUAACCAGGGCUACUUCUUCUUCCACCUCCCGGACGCCCUGGAGAUCGAGUCCUGCCAGGUGUAUUUCACCUACGAGCCCUUCGCCGAGGCUGGCGGGCCAGCGUCGGCCAAUGACGACGACUCCUACUGCAUGUUCCCCAGCGGUGAGGAUGCUCUGCUCUUCCCCCCGGGGCCACCCUGGGGGCCCGGCCAACACCUCGGCCUCCAGAACAGCUCCUUCGAGGCUGAGGAGGCCGGGGAGGCCCAGGAGCCGGCCCAGCAGCCUGUGGAGGCCAAAACCCCCUUUCCUCCGGCCCAGCCCGGGCCCGGCCCCUUCCUCCCAGAUGACCCGUCCCCCCAGGUCCUGAGGCUCGAGCCAACUGGGGAGGGGCCCUCCCCUGCCAGCUCCCACGGGGUUGGCACCAGCCCUCCGUUUCCCUGGGCCGGCCCCCCGGCCUCCCUGGUCCCCAUUGGUGGGGAUGCUCCCUUCUGUCCGGCCUCGAAUGCCGGGGCUUAUCUAUCCCUGCGGGAGCUGCAGAACCAGUACCCGGCCCACUUGGUCUAAGCUGGGCCUCCGGGUGGGAAGGGAAAGGCAGGUAGAGAUAGAGGCUUCUUUGGUGCCCAGGCUGGACCUGCUGAAAGGGGUGCCCGGCUCCCUGCUGGCAGGGGGCAUGAUGAACCGGAAGCCCCAGACUGUUCUGCCACCCAGGGUGGCCAGUCCACCUUCUAGAUGGGGCCCCUGAAACCCAGGAGAGAGGUGGUGUUCUUUCCAACUUGGGGAUUUCUUCUGGAACUCAUAGAGGGGUUGCUGGUUCCCUCCGCCCCCAGCCCCGCCUGCCCUCUCCAGACCCAUGUCUAAGGACAACUUGGUAAGGGGGUGAGCGGGAAGCCUCUGGCAAGACCCAGGAUAACUGCAGUGGCGUGGGUGAUCAGGAAGUGACUUGUCGGCCUGAUGGAAAGGAGGUUCAGCAGGGGUUCACCCCGUUGCCAGGAGGCAGGUGAGCCUUGGGCGAGUGAAGGGAUGCCUCGGGCAUGGAUGUUGGCAGCUCGGAGGGAGUGAGGCGCCGUGAGGGAAAGGGAGUUGGGGGUGGGGGGAAGGGAAGAGGCCGAGCUUGGCACCGCAGAGGGAACCUAAGCCGGGACAGAUGGCACGGGGAGUCCCCAGACUCUGGAUUCCAAAGAUGGCAGACAAAGGACUUCCAGAGCCAGGGCGGGGAGGCUGGGGAGGGGUUGGCUGGUGUCCCAGCCUCUAGGGCCAAGAAAAAGAAGGUUCCUCUUCGGUGGGCUCCCUGCUCUUCCUUCAGCGGGGAGCUUCUCUGUUCAGCCCCUGCCCCACCUCCCUUCUCUUACUGCUGCUAAUGCUCCAAACUAACUCCGAAUUGGAAGGGAUCUAUCCAAAUCAGUCAUUUCGUCUGAGCUCAGCUGGCACCCACAGGCACAUCCUGAAGAAUUUCCUAUAGGAAGCAAGCCGUGCUCUGGCCUCAGCGUCUUUUACUACUUCGGCGGGGUCCUCAGCAGACCGCGGGCCUCAGAAACAGGAAACCCAGGUUCUAAUCCCAGCUCUGCCACCAAUCCCGAACCUGUCACUUAACCUCUCGGCAUCUCAAUUUCCACAACCGUAUAACAGGGAGAGGAUACAUGCUCUCUCUCCAUCUUGGACUGUGAGCCCAGUGAAAGAGGACUGGAUCCAAUUUAAGGCUCUGUAUGUACCAUAAGAACUUAGCCCAGUGCUUUGGCUCAUAGGAAGUAUUCAAUAAAUACCAUCAUUAUGAAUGCCGUGAUCUCA